AUGGCGUCCCUCGCGUUGGUGCCGAGCUGGUUCCGCCGCCGCGCGCACGUCCCGUCCCCGGAGGAAGCGCGCGAGAUCGCGAGGAGAAAGAGAAAGGAAGAGUACGAUCAGCUGAUCGCUUCGCUAAGGCCGCGACCAAGCACAUGGCGGAGUCGUCGGAGGGAACGCCGGGAAGCGCUGGCUAACGAGGCCGCAAAGCGGGAGUGGAUCGACGAGCAGAAACGGCUGAUCGCGGAGGCGAAGCAGCGAUCAGGCGGCGUCCCACAUCCCUGUUGGAACGACGACGCGCGAGACAGACGCAGGAUGCGGGCGGCGGUGGAGGAACUGUCGGCGGCUUUCGAGGCCAAGAAGAGCCAAUGGAUGGCUGCGCAUAAGCGUUCGGGGCUUGAGGAAGCUCGGCGGAGCAGCACCGCCGUGAAGGUUCGCCCCCUCGUGUCCACGGAGGCGCCUCUGAAGCCCGUAACCGCCGCCGGGAAGAGCAGCGCGGCAGGGGGCAGCGAGUCCGGCCGCCGUGUGGAGAUGCACGAGGCGAAGGCCAUGGAGCAGAACCACCUGUGGGGCCGCCGCCGAAGCGAUGAGUACUACGCCAUGCGCCGGGAGGUACUGAGGAGAGACCGUGCCGCUCUUGACGAGAUUACGGAGCCGCAAUCUGCAUGCGCGACGAGGAAGGGAGAAGAUCGUUUGGGCAUCAUCGAGUGGCCGAUCCCAUGCACUAUCAAGCAACCAAACUUUGAUGUUCAUAUCAGUACGAAGUCCACAUAA